AGAUGUCGCUAGUAGGGUAUUCGUGAAAGAAUGGACAAUAAAAAAGAUGAAAUUCUGACCCAUUUUCAGGUAUUAUUCGCUUUCAAAUCACAAAAAAUUUCCUACCAAAAGAUAUAUCAAUCAAAAUAAUAAUAGUUCGCAAUAUUUCAUGAAAUAACAUGUCUAGAAACACCUUUACCAAUGUAUAUUUUGUUAUUGAUAAAAAUCUUUCGACAGCAAAUUAUAAACAGUGAUGAUACUUCUUAUUGUCUUGGACUUUUGAAUCAGCAUGAUUGGGAUAUAUCGUCGGCUGUACAGACAGCCAUAGCUAGUCAAGAAUUUGGAGUGGAUGACUCUCCAAUUGAAACUCAACCGAACCCAUCAUCAAGAAAUCGUAGUUCGAAUGUUCAUGUAUUCAGAGAACCAUCAACAUCAAGCCUCCAUUUCUCUGGAAGCUCUGUUUCUGAUAACAAAGCUCGAGCUUCGCCAAAAAAAUGGCCUGCUUCAGGAUCAAAAGAACACGAUAGAUUACUUAAGAUUGAUAUUGAUUACAGAGGCAAAAUGCUGAAUUUUAAUGUGGAAGAUUCAAAGACAAUUGGAAAGUUGAAAGAAUUGAUUUCUCAGAAAUUAAACAUCCCAAAGUGCAAAUUGGUCCUAAAAAAUUGGCCUAAACAACUAGAUAGAAUAAGAGAUGAGGCUACAUUUAAAUCACUGCAGCUACCAGCCAGCAUUAAAUUGAAUUUAACAACACCCGGAAUAUUCAAUGAUCCUCUUAAUACACUCCAAAACUCAAUGAGUGAAAACGAAACAUUUAAAAGGCUUGAGUCGCAUUUUGAAUUGAUUGUGAGGUGUCAAAACAAAGUUCACACUCUGAAAUUUCCUGGUUCGAAAACCGUCCACGAUAUAAAGCUAAGUUUAUACCAUGUAACAAACAUACCAGUGCGAUAUCAAAGAUGGGAGGGUUGGCCUGCAGAUGUAACUGACUCAAUUACGUUAGCUGGAUCAUCAAUACAGCUACCAAGUCAUAAUCUCAUUUUAUCGAGCAGUCGUCCACCUGGGUCCUAUGCAACAAACUCUACCAUUGCUAGCAAAUCAAGGAAUGUGGUAGAACUGAACAGUAGCGAUGAGGAACCUAUGGACGAAGAUGACGACGUAGCGGAAAUCUACGACGCAAAUGAUGAUUUGGAGUUUGAUGAAACUCCUGCUUCAGGAAGAGCUUUCGGUGCAUUACUGCCCGCUGUUGCUACUGAUCCUGUAGCAGCUACCGAACAAUUUGCACAAGAGUUCAGAAAUCGAUUUGGUAGUGAUGGACCAUUGUUUUAUAAUGGAUCCUUGGGCGAUGCUUUGAAGGAGGCUUUACUUUGCCGUGCCAGAGAUAGAAAGUUGCUAGCAGUUUAUUUACAUCAUGAAAAGUCAAUAUCUGUAAAUGUAUUUUGCUCCGAAAUAUUAUGCUCAUCUGCAGUUGUGCCAACAUUAAGCAGUUCUUUCGUUACUUGGGGAUGGGAUUGUACAAUUGAAGCAAAUAAGAAUAAAUUCAUUCAGGAUGCUUCUCAAUUAUUUGGAAGCAUAGCAGCUAACAAGUUGAAAGACUUUACACCUGAUCAAUAUCCACUAUUAGUAAUAAUUUCCCGUCAAAGAUCAACUAACGAUGUUGUUUACAUCAUCAAUGGUUCAUCGAUCUUAGAUGAAGUCAUUAGUAAAUUGCUGGGUGCUCAGGAACUAUUUAGACAGACACAAGAGGAAGAUAUAAGAGAAGAGGACCAAAGAAUGGCCCGUGUUUCAAUGUUGGAUCAGCAAAACCAGGCUUACGAAGCAUCACUUCGAGCUGAUCAAGCAAAGGCAGAACAAAAGCGAAAAGAAAAAGAGGAGAAUGAGCGCAGAGAAGAAGAAGAAAGUAGAAAGCAAAAGGAGUUGGAAAGGCGUUUGAAGGAAGAGAAACUGAAGAGAGAGAAAAUACGACAAAAUGUCGCUGAACAGCUGCCUGCUGAACCAGAUGAACAUUGUAAGCAGGAACUGUCGAGAAUUCGUAUUAGAGCUCCAGAUAAUAAGAUACUUAAUCGUCGGUUCUUAGCGUCAAAUCCUCUGCAGAUUCUAUUUAAUUAUCUGACAUCAGAGGGUUUCCAUGUUGCUGACUUUAAAGUAUUAACUACGUUUCCAAGGCGAGAUCUCAAGAUAGAAGACCCUACGAAAAGUUUGAAAGAUUUAAAACUAUGUCCGCAAGAAACCCUCAUAUUAGAGGCGAAAAGUGACUUUUGAGAACUUCUGCUCGUUUGUUAUAACUAGGGUUGUCCUUCAAACAAAUGCCAGUUUGCUUCAUACGUUAAAAAAUACUGUUGUGAAAAAAAAAUAUUGCAUUUCUAAGAAUAAGUUUAUUUUUUACAUGCAUACCUUGUAAGUCGUAAUCCAUUGCUCCUUCUGCUUCUUUGCAGUGUCCAUAAACCUAUAAAUCAUCUAAAUUAGUUUCGAUAAAAAUAAAAAAAGACGCAUUAAAACACAAUCAUUUUACAUAUGCUGAAACAAAGGGCCAUUAACUUACUACAUGAUUGUGUAAACACAUUCCUAAAACACUACACCUCUGUUUACCUUGAUCAACUUGUCCUGUCUCUCUCAGUAUCCAUAAUACACAUUCUUUGCUGUCUAAUCUGUGCUCAACCUCUCAGAUAUGCCACCAUCUAGCUUGAACAAUCUAUUUUUGCUGGCUCUACUCCUCUGUUCAGUCUUAAUGAAAGGGUUAAUAACAAGAACGAAACUCUUUCUUUUUUGGGUAAUCAUUUGCUUUUUAAUUCAAAAAAAUGCAAUAAAAAUUUUCAAUGAAACAAAACUAAAACAUAGAAGGCUAUUUGACAGCUAUGCUAUAAGAAACAUGCACUAAACUUUAUAACUUAACAUUAAUUAAAAAGAAUCUCAUCUGAUCAUUGUUUUUAUACCAUUAAUAUAAAUAUAAAAUAUAUGUAGCUGUAAAUAAAUAUAUACAGAUAUAAAUUUAUAUAUAUACAUAUGUAUAUAU